GGGACAUUUGGUAGUCAUUAGGGCCGGAGGGAAGGAGGCAGGCGCGGGAGCAGCCUUUCUUCUCCAGCGCAUAUCCCGGCGCCUCACGCUUGGGUGGACGGCAGCCAAGCGCGGCUGCGCUCCCCGCACCCCAUCCCGCAGAGGCCAUGGGUGAGCGACUGGCCCUGGGGGUGCCCCCCAGCCAACGGGGUUGCUUCUGAAGGAUCCCAAAGGCUUUUGAUCAGGACGAGGAAGGGCAGCGGGGUGCCCCGGCCAUGCUCGGCAGCACGGAGGGAAGGGACGUGAAGGGACAGCUGGGGGGAUCCGGGCGGUGAGCCCCCCCCUGCGUCCCUGCUCUCAUCCAGGCUGUUCGGGGCGAUGAGAGCAGAGGACCUGGUGGGAGGAGAAGAGGAGGAGAUGCCAUCCUUCCGCUACCGACCGAACGGCAGGGCACGGGGUGGCUGCAGCCAGUGCCAGAAGAACCUGUCCCUGCAGAUGGCCAUCAAAGUCCUCUAUGUCUUCUCCGUGCUGCUCAUCGUGGCUGUGACCGUGCUGGCUGCCCUGGUGUUCAAGAAAGUCAACUCCAUCUCUGGAGACAUCAGUUCGGCCCAGAUGUACUAUGAGGAGAAGAUCUUGUCCAUCCAGGAGGACCUCCAGGAGCUAGAUGAGAAGAGCUCAGGCAACUGCUCCCUCUGCCUGGAGACAGGGCAGCUGGGUCAGGAGCUUGGCAAGCUGCAGGGCGAGCUGGAGGAGAUCCAGAAGAUGCUCUUGGUUCAGGAGGUCCUCCUCAACCGUACCUCCCGCACCCACGACGUGCUCUCAUCCAGCAGCACCGAGAUCAGCAGCGAGGUGGCCGACUGCUCCUCCUCCACCCGACAGCUGAACGAGAGCGUGGGGCAACUGGUGGCCCAGCUGGGGGGCUGGCGGGCCAUCACCUCCCAGCUUGAUGGCUCGCUCAAGGGCCUGGAACAGGAGCGCUUUGACGUGCGGGCCGCCAUGCAGCAGCUCAACUUCACCUUGGGGCAAACCUCCGACUGGAUCCAACUCAUCCAGAGGAAGACGGACGAGGAGACGUUGACGUUGCAGAAGAUGGUCACCGAGUGGCAGAACUACACGCGGCUCUUCGCAGGGCUCAGGGCCAACUCUGCCGAGACGGGUGAGCUGGUCAGGAGCAUCCAGGUUGGCGUGGGUGCUGCAGCCCGGCAGGUGGGCCAGAACGCUGAGGGCAUGCACGACCUGGUGCUGCAGGUGAUGGGGCUGCAGCUACAGCUGGACAACAUCUCCUCCUUCCUGGAUGACCACGAGGAGAACAUGAACGACCUGCGUUACCACGCCAAGUAUGCGCAGAACCGAACGGCCGAGCGCUUCGAGACGCUGGAAGGCCGCAUGGCCUCACAUGAGAUUGAGAUUGGAACCAUCUUCACCAACAUCAAUGCCACCGACAGCCACGUGCACAGCAUGCUGCGCUACCUGGACGACGUGAGGCUCUCCUGCACUUUGGGUUUCCAUGCCCACGCCGAGGAGCUCUACUACCUGAACAAGUCCCUCAGCCUGGUCCAGGGCACCACGGACCUUCUGCGGGAGCGCUUCGGUCUGCUCAGCGCCCGGCUCGACUUUGAUAUCCGCAACCUGUCCAUGGUGAUGGAGGAGAUGAAGGUGGUGGAUGUCCGGCAUGGAGAGAUGCUGAGGAACAUCACUAUCUUACGAGGUGUGCCAGGCCUCCCAGGUCCCCGCGGCCUCAAAGGUGAUGUUGGCAUCAAGGGUCCCGCAGGAAGCAAAGGAGAGAAGGGCGACGCGGGCAGCCUGGGCUCACCAGGCCCCCCCGGCUCCCCCGGACCCCCUGGUCCCCCCGGCCCCCAAGGGGAAAGGGGUCCCCUGGGCGCAAAGGGUUUUCCCGGCCUCAAGGGUGCUAAGGGCAGCUUUGGGCAAUCUGGCUCCAGGGGACAGAUGGGACCCAAGGGAGAUGUGGGUCCCCCGGGGCCAGAGGGGGGACCAGGACCAACAGGACCCCCUGGUCCUCAAGGAAAACUGGGGCUCCCUGGGAACCCCGGGGCUGUGGGACAGAUUGGCCCCAUGGGUCCCAAAGGGGACCCUGGCUUGAGAGGCCCCCCAGGACCGCCAGGUCCCCCUGGUCCUCCUGGCCCAUGACACAGUCUUGGGGCCAUGCUGAUGGCACUGGGAUGGAGGAACCCCUCCCAGCUCCAAGAGCAUCUCCUGCUCCCAUUGCCAGCCUCUGGGUACAGGGCAGGAAGGACCCUAGGGGGUCCAGAUCUCCCCAGCCUCAUGCUUUUUGGGGUGCACAGGGCUGGUCCCUGGCUCUUAAGUGGGCUGCAGAGUCCUGGGGCGUGGGGUCCCCGCAGGACGAGGACCUGUACGGGCUGGGGCACAGCUGGUUUGUGCCCUAUUUCGAGCUACCUUCACCCUUCCUUCCCUGGCUGCACCAGCAAUGUAAUCCUAGCACAAUAAAUCUGUAUGGGGACAA